AUGACUGUAGCAACAGCAAUUUUUUCAUCAAAGUUGUUAUUUUGGUCUGUAAUAAUUUUAUUAGAUUCUAAUUGGAAUGCUAUCAAUUCAUCUUCUUCGUCAUCCUCAUGGUUACAUCACAAUGAUAGCAAUUUGCAUUUUUAUAGCCAACCAACAAAUUCAAAUUUUUCACAUGAUGGAUUUCGAGGGGACGUUACAAGUAGUGAAGAAAUUACUUCCAAAAAUGCUGAAAAGGAGAUUAGUGACGACGAUCAACGCUAUGAUGAAGUUGAACAACUGAUUAUUCCAUCAGUUGAAAAUUCCACAAAAUCAAAAAGACGGAUAUUGAAGAAUGCGAAACGAUGCAUUCGAUAUAAUGAAAAAUAUCUUUAUCAAUUGUUGGAGCGAUCAGGAAUGUUUAACCAAUGGUUUAUGGCAAAUAAUCCGGAGGAAGCGGGGCAUAAUUUUGCUCGUUUUCAUAAAAGUUUUUUCAAAACCAAUUUUGAUUAUUUUGAUCAACCUCAGGAUGAUAGUUUGCCUUCUGAUAUUGAGGAUAUCAAUAUAUCAUUUAAUUGUGAUGAUUUGUGUCAGAGUAUAAUUUGGAAAUUAGAUGAAGCACUUGAAAAGGAGAAAAAUGAUACACUUUUAUUAAAUGUAUCAUUUUUGGAUGAUGCUCAACCACGUGUAAUCAAUGAUGGUUCAACGAAAUCAGCAUUAACUAAUUGUCAGUUAGGAAUGUUCAUACCGGUUGGGAAAUGUAUCCAGCAAGGUGCAGAAGAAUUCGAAGAUCAUAGCAAAUUAUGUGCAUCUUGCCAAGGUGUAUAUAUGCUUGGCAAAAUGUGUUUCCCGCGAUUCAUCAAUGCGAUAAAAUGUGAGAAACAAAUUCAAACAUCUGGAUGUAUUUUCGACAAAGUCUCAACUAAAUCUCAUGGUUCAUGUUACAUGCGUACGCUUACAUUUAAAGUAUUACGUAAUGAUGGAAACGAAAAAUGUCAAGAAUGGCACCAUGAAUACAUCCAAGUUCCAACAUCAUGCGAAUGUCAGCUUAAUAUGGAUUCAUUAUUGCUAAGUGCUGUGAAACCGUGA